CAAACACUGGUUCUAUCAAUCCCCACUGUUCCAAGGUCUACAUAACUAUGGUUAGGUAGCCCAGCUCCUGUGGAUAUGGAGACAUAAGGGUAAGGGACAGUCUGACAGUCGACCUCCAGACCACAGAGGAGAAUCAAAGCAAACAAAAAUCUGGAAUCCAUCGCGCAACAAAUAGAACAAUAGUGGUAAUCUCGUGUUAUAAAGUGAAAACUUCGGUGCAGCUUUAUUUAGCGCAUGCGCACAGGGUCAACGUUCCCACACGCGCCCGCCGCACGCGCGGGAAAAACUGCUUACGCCUGCAAAUUUGGGGAGAGGCGCAGUGUCAUGGAGUUUCAGAUCCCUCUGUCCCGCGAGGACCUCCUCCGGCCGUCGGGAGGCUCCCAGUUCUUUGUAUCAGAGCCUCUCCCAGCCAGAGAGACUGUGUCCCGACUAGAAGAAUGCAGGUCACUGCUGGACUCUAGUGUCAUUGCCUCCAUUCCCGAGUGUUUCCCUGUCUUCUUCAGUCUUCUACAGAAUUUCCUGAGUGUUGGUGUGUCAGUGAGAGAGAGUUACUGGAGGAUUGGGGUCAGGGGGCUGGAGGGGGUGUGUCACCAAGUGGGCGGGGCUAAUUUCACCGGUAUGACACAGACGAAGAAGGCGGAACUGAGGAAUGCACUAAAGAUGAUGGUGUAUGUGGUAGUACAGUUGGUUGAAGAGUUUGAAACUGAUGCCACCAAACCUGAUUCCCUCGAGAUUGUCACCAACAAGGUACAGAAUAUCUGCUUCAUUCAUCUUUCUGUGAUGAUGUAUUACAUCAGGACAGAGGGGCUCGGCUCGGCAGGGUCCAGGUUCAGUACCAGACUCUGGGAAUGAGACCAGACCAUCAGGUUGUCAGGUGGUGGAUGUGGAAUUCUGUUCCUCCAUUCCAGAGGUCGUAGGGUGCAUCUC